AUGGCCGCAGCCCACGAACUCGAGUUGAAGCACCAGAAAGCCAUCCACCAGACUCAACUGAUUGCCAAAGAAGAAGAUUCGAGGAGAACAAAGGUCACUAAGCAAGUCCUUCUCGCGGAAAACUCGACAUUACGCGAACAGCUUGCGGAAAGGGAUGUUCAGAUCUCCGAAUUGACUGGUAGAUGCGACGAAGCAAGGGCGGAGCUGGAUUCAUUGAAGACGAUAAAUCGCGACCAAGAAACUCAACUCAAGGCCCAGACGAGGGAGUUCGCCAAUAUCAAGGCCGAACUGGAGUCGCUUAACACAAUGUCCCUUGAGUCCACAAAGGUGCUGUCCGAAAAGCUUACCCUUUCUCGGGAACUUAACACGUUGAAGCCUGAGUUGGAGCACUUGCGGUCUCAGGUGGCUCAUCAGCAGACUGCGGUCGCGGAAAAGUUAGCUCUAGAACGGCAACUUAAUAUGGCUGAGGUGGAACUGGCAGCUGCGAAACGAGCGCGGGAACAACAAGUAGCUGAAUCUGAAAGCAACAAGACAGCCGAAGACGAACUACGAAACAAGCUCAAGGACGCCGAGAAAAGAUUGAUCGCCGAGAAGCGGGAAAGGGAACAAUUGCAACAAGACCUCGAAUCCGCGCUUGCAGCUGCGCAGACAGGCGAGGACAAUAAGAAUGUUGAGCGUGAGCUGUCAAAGAAGUUGCAAGAGAUGGAGAAAGCUCUUCAGGGCGAAAGACGAGAGAAGGAUAGGCUUCGCAAGGAGAGCGAGAUGGCCCAGUCAGAAAUCCAGGCGCAAAAUGAGAUACUGGAACAACGUCUGGAUACGGUGAAGUCGAAAUUGCGCAAUACUCAAGAAGAGCUCAAGGCAGUGCGCUCAGAACUGGUGCAUGCUCGCCCAGUGCCCACAGCGUCGGCGGAUCCAGUUGUGCGGGCUGGUGGCGCAAAAGCACAGAACGCUCGCAAGCGCAGAGUCGAGGAACUGACCAUAAACGACAUGAGUAUCGGAACGCCAGAGGAAAUCACACGGGGUAGACGGGCCGUGAAGAAGAAGGGCUUGGAGCAGACUCUAGUCGGCGAAAAGUCGUUAUUCUCCAUCACUCCGUUCUUGAACAAGAGCAAGACACUUAGUGUUGAGGGUGCCGUUGCCGAGGAGGAGGAGGAAGACGAAGCGGACGUUAGUUAUGUGCCGAUGGCACACGUGAACGCUCAAAAGGCGGCGGCCGAGGCUGAGGCUGACUCUGGGAGUGAAGCCAAUGCGGAGCCUGAGCCUACAGCCACGACCGAUGAGCCUGAUAAGCAACCAGUUGCUUCCAAAGAGACCGCAUCCAAGACGAAAACUAAGGCCAAUGGGGAGCCCAAGAAGGCACGCGGAAGGCCCAAGAAGGCGUUAUCUGAGGCCUCGCCUAACAUGCCCACACAAGCCCUUACCGCCAGCAAACCUUCAACCAAAUCAGCUUCUCCGCUCGAUAAGGUACUCGAAGAACCCGAGGCUGAUACAGAAGAGAAAAUGAAGGCCGAUACCGCGAGCAAAAAAGCGCCAACAGCCACCGCCGCAACCGCAAGCUUGGGCGUACGCGAACAAGAAGUGAAGAAGAAGAAGCGCAAGCUCGCAGGUGAAUCAACAACAUUGUUUGACGAUGAUGGGGAGGGUGAGGCGGCGGUUGCAAAGCGUCCUGGCGGCAAGGUUGGGCUUGGUGCAAACAAGCUGGGCAAAACUCAUUUGACCAUGGCGCGAAAUGCCUUUGGCAAGAAGACAUUCUCACCUUUAAAGAAGGAGAGACGGGGUACUCAGCAUCACGAUGUCCAGAGGGGUCUGUCGCGGUUUUCUGCGCGCACCAAAAAGCCAGCCCUUCGCCAGCCCAUUAACAGCAUACGGAGCAUGCAAGCUGAUAUGUGCUCCGCCUGGUGGUCAGACGCGGUGGUCGUCUUCCAAUUCCAGAUGGAUGCCAAGUACAGAAUUUUCCGCAAGGGACAGACGGUCGUAGACCUGGGCUAUGCGCCGGGUAGUUGGUCACAGGUCGCCGCCGACCGGACCAAGCCCAACGGCCAAGUCCUAGGAAUCGACAUCAUCCCGGCGCAGCCACCCAAAGGCGUCUCGACCAUUCAGGGCAACUUUCUCUCGCCGGAUGUUCAGAACAUGGUCAAAGAUCACCUUGUCCGGGCUAAGAAGCGGCGUAACGAUGAAUCGCCAGCCCCCGCACCCUCCUCGUCUGAGGGAGAAGAGAGUUCUUACGAGGAUGGCACCGAAGACGUCGAGCCCUCUGUUAUCGAGGACAAGCCGAGCUACAUUGACAUGGAAAGAGCAGCUUCAGAUGCGCCCCCGGUGACUGAGGAAGUUGCGGGCGGAGCAAAGACCAAAGAUGGCCGGUUGGUGGAUAUUGUAUUGAGUGACAUGUCAGCUCCUUGGGACCAGACCACCGGGUUUGGCGUGAACAGUCUUAGUAAUCCAUAUCACAGGAUGAUGAACACGAGCGGAAUGGCCUUUCGGGAUCACGCCGGCAGCAUGGACCUCUGCUCGGCGGCGCUCCAAUUCGCCAGCGACACCCUCAAGAAUGGUGGGCACUUCGUUUGCAAGUUCUACCAGGGAUCGGAGGACAAGGCAUUCGAGAAGAAGCUGAGGACCUUGUUUGCCAAGGUGUUUCGGGAGAAGCCCGAGUCGUCCCGCAGCGUACGUGCCGGACCACCACCACACGAUCUUUUUGUUGUUCAGUUGAAGCUCACUCCAGCGGCAGGACUCCAAAGAGGCAUAUUUUGUGGCACUCAGGAGAAAGGGAAAUGUACAACUAUAGUACUAUAG